CAGAACCCAGGGACUCUGAGGAUCAAGGGGUGAUCCUUAUUGUGGUUCUUUUGGUUUGGGGAAGGAUGAGACAAAUCAGUGGAAUGGCAUCAGGGGGUUAGAGAGCGGGUUAGAGGCCCGCAAUAGGGCAUCCUUCCGCUGCCCCGGCGAGCCACUCGAUUCCGGAGCUCGCAUCAAGUCGCCCUAUCCCACAGGCCCUGAUCCAUCUGCCCACCGGGGCCUCCAGGCCGGGCUUCGACAUGCCGGAGGAGCCCCGGCCGCGGCCUCCGCCCUCGGGCCUCUCUGGCCUCCUGUUCCUUGCGCUGUGCAGUCGGGCCCUCAGCAAUGAGAUUCUGGGCCUGAAGCUGCCAGGCGAACCGCCGCUGACGGCCAACACCGUGUGCUUGACGCUGUCGGGCCUGAGCAAGAGGCAGCUGGGCCUGUGCCUGCGCAGCCCCGACGUGACGGCGUCAGCGCUGCAGGGGCUGCACAUCGCGGUCCACGAGUGUCAGCACCAACUGCGGGACCAGCGCUGGAACUGCUCGGCGCUCGAGGGCGGCGGCCGCCUGCCGCACCACAGCGCCAUCCUCAAGCGCGGUUUCCGUGAGAGUGCCUUUUCCUUCUCCAUGCUGGCUGCAGGUGUCAUGCACGCUGUAGCCACGGCCUGUAGCCUGGGCAAGCUGGUGAGCUGUGGCUGCGGCUGGAAGGGCAGCAGUGAGCAGGAUCGGCUGAGGGCCAAACUGCUGCAGCUGCAGGCACUGUCCCGGGGCAAGAGCUUCCCUCACUCUCUGCCCAGCCCUGGUCCUGGCUCAGGCUCCAGCCCUGGCCCCCAGGACACAUGGGAAUGGGGUGGCUGUAACCAUGACAUGGACUUUGGAGAGAAGUUCUCUCGGGAUUUCCUGGAUUCCAGAGAAGCUCCCCGGGACAUUCAGGCACGAAUGCAGAUCCACAACAACAGAGUGGGGCGCCAGGUGGUAACUGAAAACCUGAAGCGGAAAUGCAAGUGCCAUGGCACAUCAGGCAGCUGCCAGUUCAAGACAUGCUGGAGGGCCGCCCCAGAGUUCCGGGUAGUAGGGGCAGCGCUGAGGGAGCGGCUGGGCCGGGCCAUCUUCAUCGAUACCCACAACCGAAACUCAGGAGCCUUCCAACCCCGCUUGCGUCCUCGUCGCCUCUCAGGAGAGCUGGUCUACUUUGAGAAGUCUCCUGACUUCUGUGAAAGAGACCCCACUGUGGGCUCCCCAGGGACAAGGGGCCGGGCCUGCAACAAGACCAGCCGCCUACUGGAUGGCUGUGGCAGCCUGUGCUGUGGCCGUGGGCACAAUGUGCUCCGGCAGACACGAGUUGAGCGUUGCCACUGCCGCUUCCACUGGUGCUGCUAUGUGCUUUGUGAUGAGUGCAAGGUCACAGAAUGGGUCAACGUGUGCAAGUGAGGGCCAGCCUCCCCGUGGGAACAUGUGAGUGGCGCACCUUUGCAGCCCUUUGCUCUGAUUUCUGCCCAGGGUCAAUCUGGGUCCCUGGAAGCUCCAAGUAUCUCCCUGAAAACAGUUUUGGGGAUGGUGGGUACCAGGUGGAGUCUGUGAUGUACGGCCUUCUCCCCUUCAGUUGGAGGGCCUGGGGGGAGCUGUCAUCCCCCUUCUGCUCCUUAAAUACCUGAAUGGACUAAGAUGAAAUGCACUGUAUUGCCCCCCAACCCCAGGGCCCCUUUAGCCCUGAUUCAUAUUUCUUUUGGCUGGGGAGUACCUAUAGUUUAACCACUCUUCUCACUUGAGGGAUAACCCCAGGCAUUGUGUGGAGCCUUAAGUCCUGUAUCCAGAAAGACACCACUCACUCCUACUUGCUGUUCCAAAACUCCACUACUGCAGCCUGGGCCCCCUCUUGUGGGGUAACAGAAGACAGCAAUAAAAAGGCUUUUCUUGGUGAAGGGACAGCACGAUGGGAGGUGCUCUCCCCUGAAUCCUCAGAGAGUUGUCAGUCCAGGCCUUAGUGAAGCUGUCUCCCUACAUUCAGAUGUUAAAGAGGGAUCCUCCAAAGGAAGGGUUUUACCUAAAAACUCUCUGAGCCUCUUUUUCCUUCUUCAUUGGGAGGGGUGGGAAUGGAUAAUUUAUUGUACUGAGACUUGUUCUUGGUUCCUGUUUGUAACUAAAAUAAAUUAAGUUACUGGACCAGUGGAGGCAGAUGGUGAUAUAUUUCUGCCUACACUUGGGAUCCCAGUCCAUGACUUCUUUUCCAGGUGAAUUCUCCUAUCUUGUACACUCAAUAACUUUAUGCAUAUCCUGCCUGGUCCCACAAAGAAUUUGAAACAGUCUCCAGUGACUUAGCUGGCAACUUUUAGUGUGGAAAAGCAGAGGGGAUUUCUAGGUGGAAGGGGCUAGACAUUCAAACCUAGGGCCUAUUUUCUCUCUAUAGGCCUCAACUCUAGAGUUCACCUUAGUCACCGCCCUAGAACAAGGAUCAGCACAUUUUUUCUGUAAAGGGCUAGAAGGUUAAUAUCUUAGGCUUGUGGGCUUUGUCACAACUACUCAACUCUGCUAUUGUAGACCAAAAGCAGUCACAGAACAUUGAUAAGUAAAUGAGCAUGCCUGUGUCCAAAUAAACCUAAUUCACAAAAACAGGCUGUAGGGCUAGAUUUGGCCCUCUGGCUGUAGUUUGUUGACCUCUGCCCUAGACCAUGAAGUCACCUCUGUUCUGGACUUUUCAAGUCCUGACUAUAUAUCUCAAUGUUGAACCUAGACCCAAAAAAGCACGUGCUUUUCUCUCUGGCUCCAAACCAGAGAACUUGGGAGGUAGAUGCAAGGCUAAUAGGCGACAUGUAAAAGGGAUUCCUAUGCUCAA